CCAAAAGUUCAGAAUCUCAGCUCAGUGUGGCGAGUUUGACUGGCCAUUUACACAUCUUCGUGCACAAGAAUCGGUAGAUGCACCCGCGUACGUGUUUGUUGGCGUCUUAUUCGUGUUCCAUUCACAUUCUGGUGGUCACGAGCUCAAGUCGUCAAGAUCACAAAGAGUUGCGAUGUCAAAUGACAAGGAUAGUGUUAUCUCUUUCUGGAUUCCAAGAUGCUUUCGGCGGAAGAAAACUCCACCAACUGUCGAGAUGAUUGGAAACAUAUUCGAGCAGCGGAUCAUGCAGCGACUAAAGAAACACAAGCGAUCGUCAAGACUGAAGCACUCACGACCUCGACCUAUUAGCUGUGAGUUCAAGACACUCGAC